UUGACAACUCCUCGAAACUCGAAUUCCUUCGUGGGCUGAGGAGACGCUGUGUUUUCUUAGUUUAUUAUAGUUUUAAAAUAAUUAAUCCGACAUUAUGUCUAUGUCGGAUCUAAAGCAUUCAUUACGAAAAUAUGAAUUCCCUCAAUGUGCAAAGGAGGCUCUUUUAAGAAUUGAACAACUGCUGGCCGGUCGUGCGGCCCCCAGCAGCAAGCAGGUAGACGUAGCUAUGGAGAUCAUUUCCGAGUUUAUUUUCUGUGAGUCUACGCGACGUGGGGAGCGGAGGGGUUUGAACCCUCUCCAAGAACUACAGCUUAUUGAUGUAAUCUGCGAGUACUUGUCAAGCUGUACGAAUGAGACGACGAAGAAUACAAUAUUCUUGUCUCUCUUCGGAGGCGGAGAUACUCAGAAGAGACUGAAAAUAUUGAGUAUACUUGCAAGUAUGGCUGUCUCAGCUUCCAGCACACCAGUACUACUAGCAGUAGGUGUGUGGCUGCAACAAAUGGGCUGCUCAUCACCACCAUCCCUGCAACUAGUGGAAAACAUCAUUAGAGACCACUUUCACUUGAACACAUUCAACCAAACUGCACUCAAGAGCUUAGCCUCCAGUGCCCCUCAGUUUGUAGCCAAUUUCAUCACAGCCGUCACAGAAUUGUACAUGCAAGAAGUGAAUGGUGUAAGGAAACUCCCGCCUAAGAACUUAUUGGAGGUGAUCACAUCUUGGGUGUACUCUAAUCCAACCCUAUGCCUGUCCGCCCAGAACAACCCUCCGCAGCUGCCGCCCGGCUCCAUCCCGAUGGCGGCCGUGACACCUCUUGCUGGACUCGUGCAUUGGUGUACACUAGCACCACUGUAUAUAGACUCUGACUCUGAAAUGGUCGAGGUGUCACCGCCGAAAAAGAUCAAGAUAGAAGGAGAAAACCUGUCACUGAUCAAACCCGUACCGGCCAAAGUGUUAACAGAGUCUGAGCUUUAUAUAAAGUUACAUUUAGGUGUGCUCCACAGCCUGCGCGGGCGGCGCGGGGCGGGCGCGCAGGGCGCGGGCGGCGCGGUGCACGCGGCGGCGCUGGCGGCGGCCGCGCCCGCGCUGCAGGCGCACGCCGCCGCCCGGCCGCGCCCGCAGCCCGACGGGAAGCUGCAGGACUGUUUGGAUCGACUCGGCCAAGCCGUACAAGUUGCACUCUCAUCAGGCUGCGUAUACGGCAACAUCAAUCAUCUGCUAGCAACUCUGGAUUCUCUGCCGGAGAACAGGCUGCUGCGAAUUGUGGUGCAGGCGCAUCGCUCGCUCUGCUGACAGGACCAACUCAUUGAGAUUGAUUAGAUCUGUAGCAUUACCUUUGCUUAGAGCCUGAAAAUUUAAUGGGGUCAAAGUAUUUUACAGAUAAUGCCAGCAUAGGAUUUACCAUUCAACCCUAUGAAUUAAGAUAGGAAGAAUUUAUUACCAUAAAAAGACACUAAUUAGGUGGGUCCACACAGACCGAGCAUACGCUUUUAUUUAAAAAACCCGCAUAUUAAAAAAAAAUGGCAUAAGAGAUCUAUUACUAUAUUUUAUUGGUCUGGGCGAGCCAAUAUAUAAAUUAAACAACAAUACAGUAAUUUGGUACCAUGAAGGCAGAAUAGAUAAUGGAACUCUUUGGCUACUAAAAUAUCCUUCGAGAUACAAUUCAUUUUCACGAAUCCAAUUCUGUGCAGAUGUUAAGUACACUGACUGUUAAAUUAGUAUUUUAGAAAAUGAAAUUUAUAGCAGAAACUUAUUGUGAAAAAAAAGUCAGCCAAGUCAGGCAACCACAUAGCUUUAGUAAUCAAUUACUUGUCAGUGUAUCCAGAAAUACGUAUUUUAUUUUCAUAGAAGAUGAAUUGCUGUACAAAGGAAUGAUUAAAUUAAGUUUAUAAAUAUGAAUUUAGCAUAUUGUAAAUAGUUUAUGGAUUAAAGACAAUUUUCUAAAACUAA